AUGUCAAGCCAACACAUACCGGCAUGGCAAAGAAUAAAGAUUAAACAAACUCAAACUGAUGAAAACAAAGCGGAAGCAGGUUUUGAUGAAGAGGACCCUUUAAACAUAACGACUCACCUAGCGACCGGUAGCCUGACUAGGAGAGAGAAACAGAGAUUGAUAAAGGGUGAUCAAAACGCAAGUAGAGUUGCAAAGAAGAAAGCGAAGACAACUAAUCGCAAGAAGGAAAAGUUGGCGAAGGAUGUGCGUAGCGAAAUCAAGAGGAAAACCGUUCUGAAAGACCAGUUGCGCUAUUUGAUCGAUUUCUAUCUUGAGAAAUCUUCUGAGAGGCUUCCAGAUGCGAUUCAAAAUUCCGAAAACGUCAAGACUAAUUAUUCCGAAGAGAAGCUACACAAAGCGGGUAGUGAUGGCAACAGCGGCGUUGUAGAUGUUUGGAAAUUCUCGAAACAGAAGCAGAACUGGCUCAUCAAACAUUUCUGCGACCUUGAAGAGAUACCGGUUGCGUAUGAUGACCUUAUCAUACUAUACUUCAAGGAUCUGAAGGGAGAGGGUUUGAAGCAGAGCAUAUCAGAGAGAUGUCGCGGUAAGGUAAAGGAGUGGAAUGAUUAUGUUCAGCUGGAGAUGGAUAAGAUCAAGGCAAUUGUUGAUGGCAAAGAAAUGGAAUCUGAACAGAGUAAAGAAGGAGAUGAAGAGGAGAAAAAAACUGAUAAAGCUAAAGAGGUUGAACAAGCAUUACAAAUUCCACCCAAUAGAGAUAUUGCUCAAAGAUGUCUAAAGCUGCUGGAGGCUUGGGACUCGGCCGCUGAGCUGCAGCUACUGUCCAUAUGA